UCCGCUCUCUUCCCCACUCAAAAAAAACAAUUCAAAAAUCCAAAAAAUCCAUAAAAUUCCCAAUCUGAGCUCAAUGAAGAUGAUUCAAUCAAAACCCUAGAAUCCUAAUGGAAUUGAGUUCAUAAUGUCUAACAAUGAUGUUGAUUCAAACCCUAACACUCCUGUUAAAUCUGAAAGAAGACCAUUACUGAAGAAAUCAAGAACCAUUUCUGAUGAAUUCCGAACUUCAACUAGUAAUUUCUCUUCAUCAUCGUUAUCAACUUCUCAAUUCUCUCCAAUACAUCGUAUCUCAACUUCUCCGCUUCCAUGUACGAAUCGGUUUUCAGUAACUGGGAAUUCAAUUAUUGAUGAUGAUUUAUUAGAGAAGAAUCGUAGUGUUGGUAGUACUAUUUCUGAUAGAGAUUGGUAUUAUCCAUCUUUUCUUGGUCCUCAUAGUGCUAGAAGUAAAAUUAAGAUCAAAACAGUGAAAUCUUCUGGUAGAAAUAAUGAAUUACCUCCUUUAUCUACUAUCCGUGUCCAAAAUCGAACUGCUACUGUAAGUAUUGAUUCUACUAAUAAAGGGAACUCCAUUCGUUCUUCUUCGUCUUCUUCAGAUUUAACUGUUUCAGAUCAGAAAUUGGAAGAAGAGAGAAAAAUGAGAAAAACAGUUAGAUUUUCGAACUCUAGCUAUCACUCAUCAACAGCUCGGUUUUCUCUCAAAUGGAUUCUGAAACGCAUAAGGGUUUCAAUCAAAAUUCUGCUUAUGAUCAUAUGUGUGUUAUCUGUAUUAUACUCGGCUUACCUGCGAAUGAUAAUUGAACAGCUCCAGGGAGAGAUUAUUAACCUUCAUAGACUGUAUAGAGGAAAUGAUGUUGAUGUUAAAGACAACCGCAAAUUUUUGGAGUUUGAAGAUGAUCGUAUUUCAUAUAUGUAUUUUGGUAAUGCUAACAGUAGAACUGUUGCUUUGUAUACAGUGUUAAUCGUGCUUGUGACACCCUUGUUGUUGUAUGUAUUUCUUGAUUAUCUUCCCUACGUAAAGAUACUUCUAAAAAGAACAGAAAAUAAUGAAGAGGAGGUUCCCUUGAAGAAAAGGGUAGCCUAUAGAGUUGACGUAUUCUUUUCUGUGUACCCAUAUGCGAAACUGAUUGCGCUUCUUUUCGCAACUAUACUUCUCAUUGGAUGUGGUGGGUUGGCAUUAUAUGCUGUCAGCGACGGGAGCCUUGCAGAGGCACUUUGGCUUACAUGGACUUUCAUUGCGGAUGCGGGAAAUCAUGCAGAUAGGGUUGGCACUGGACCAAGGAUAGUUUCUGUUUCUAUAAGUUCUGGAGGAAUGCUUAUAUUUGCAAUGAUGCUCGGUCUUGUUUCUGAUGCAAUCUCUGAGAAGGUGGAUUCUUUACGGAAGGGGAAGAGUGAAGUCAUAGAGAGCAGCCAUAUACUAAUCCUUGGAUGGAGUGACAAAUUGGGGUCACUUCUGAAGCAGUUGGCAAUAGCAAAUAAGAGCAUUGGUGGUGGCGUUGUUGUGGUUCUUGCAGAAAGAGACAAGGAGGAAAUGGAGAUGGAUAUAGCAAAGUUAGAGUUUGAUUUUAUGGGUACCUCUGUCAUCUGCAGAAGUGGGAGUCCUCUUAUAUUGGCUGAUUUAAAAAAGGUUUCAGUUUCGAAGGCACGUGCAAUAAUAGUUUUGGCAUCAGAUGAAAAUGCAGACCAGGUUCGCUCAUCCUAUAGCGAUGCACGUGCUUUGCGAGUUGUGCUGAGCCUCAGCGGAGUAAAAGAGGGUUUAUCUGGUCAUGUUGUUGUAGAGAUGAGCGAUCUAGACAAUGAACCGUUGGUGAAGCUUGUUGGAGGAGAUGUCAUCGAAACAGUAGUUGCUCACGAUGUGAUUGGGCGAUUGAUGAUUCAAUGUGCUCUGCAACCUGGACUUGCACAGAUAUGGGAGGACAUUUUAGGAUUUGAGAAUGCGGAGUUUUACAUCAAAAGGUGGCCACAGUUGGACGGUUUAUGCUUUGAAGAUGUGCUAAUUUCAUUUCCAGAUGCAGUACCUUGUGGAGUUAAGGUUGCUGCGAAUGGCGGGAAGAUUGUUCUUAAUCCAGAUGAUGAUUAUGUUCUUAAAGAAGGUGACGAAAUCCUUGUUAUAGCUGAGGAUGAUGAUACAUAUAGCCCAGGUCCCAUACCAGAGGUACGUUGUGGAUAUUUCCCUAAGAUUUUUACCCCUCCAAAAUAUCCAGAGAAGAUACUGUUCUGUGGUUGGCGUCGUGACAUCCAUGAUACGAUCAUGGUUUUAGAGGCGUUGUUGGCUCAAGGUUCAGAAUUAUGGAUGUUUAAUGAGGUUCCAAUUGAAGAAAGAGAGAGGAAGCUCAUUGAUGGUGGACUUGAUAUUUCCGGAUUAGCGAACCUAAGUCUUGUCCAUAGGUACGGGAAUGCUGUCAUUCGUCGACAUCUAGAGAGUCUUCCUCUAGAGACCUUUGAUUCUAUUUUAAUUCUUGCAGACGAGUCUUUAGAGGAUUCUAUUGUACAUUCUGACUCCAGAUCUCUUGCGACUCUUCUCCUCAUCCGAGAUAUUCAGUCCAAGAGAUUGCCGUAUAAGGAAGCAAAAUCAUCUUCCCUUCGGCAUGUUGGAUUCUCUCAUAGUUCUUGGAUCCGUGAAAUGCAGCAAGCUUCAGAUAAAUCAAUAAUCAUCAGUGAGAUUCUGGAUUCUAGAACAAGGAACUUGGUUUCUGUUUCGAGAAUUAGUGAUUAUGUGUUAUCCAAUGAGUUUGUGAGCAUGGCACUGGCUAUGGUGGCAGAAGACAAACAGAUCAAUCGGGUUCUCGAGGAACUCUUUGCUGAAGAGGGAAGUGAAAUGUGUAUAAGACCAGCAGAAUUCUAUCUCUAUGAUCAGGAAGAGUUGUGCUUUUACGAUAUAAUGCGUAGAGGACAACAAAGACAAGAGAUUGUAGUUGGUUACCGAUUAUCUACAGCCGACCGUGCCGUAAUUAAUCCUCAACAGAAGCUGGUACCUCGAAAAUGGUCCCUGGAUGAUGUUUUUGUUGUCAUCUCUGGUGGUGAUCAAUGAUGGAGCAUAUUUGCACCAAGUAGCACCUGUUGUACUAAUCUAACCUGAUAGCAUGUGAUGGUAGGUAACUUGCUAGUCUUUUGCUUCUGAGAGUUCUCAAACAUAUUUCAGAAUAAGAAUAAAUAAGGUUCGCAUUGGUCUAAAAUAGGGUUAGUCACCAUUUUUCUUUGUCAGAUGCAUUUUAUCUCUCGUUAUUUCCCUCUGUAAAAAUUAGCAUUCUGUCUAAUUACGAGCUCAGGCUGUAGUAUUAAUAGCCAACGACUGUACAACUUUAAUAUAGAGGGGUCUUGACUCCUGGUUAGUUGAAAAGCAGUAUAACACGGAAAGUAUAAAACCAGCCUGACAACAGAUUAACUCACAAUCAAACGUCUUUGAAAAGAAGCAUGAUCGUGAUAAGUUAGUCCAAGGAUCAAAGUGUUGAUUUCUGUGCGGCAGCUGCCCUUGGCG